AUGUUGAAUCCUAGGACUGCCAAUUAUGCCAGACCGUUGAGACUAUUGAUGAGCUUCUUCACUGUUCACAAGAAGGUUGGGAUUCUGCUGGCUGUAGGGCUUGUGUGGGCCCUGACGUUUAUUUUGUAUCCAGGACGUAAGGAUCCCGCAGAAGGUCGUCUGGAACAACUGAUUAGCACCAAUGCCAAAAUGGAGACGGCGACUUUUGACGUGGCUCGGAAGAUAGCGUACGUUUCCCGUCACAUUGGUACUACGGUUGAUUUCCAGUACAUGGCCAAACAUUUGCAAUUGGAAAAUGUGGACUACUACGAUGCUUCUGAGUAUUAUGGGUUUCAAGCAUCUGCGAAGGAGUACAGGUCGAUCGUCGACGAUGGCACAGUACAGAAAAUCUGCUCGACGCAUGAUUUAGUGUUUGUUUCCGAUAGUUUGGCUGAUGGCUGGCCUUUCAUCAUGGACGGUAACCAAAACUGUAAAAACGUUGUGUUUGUGAUCACUAAUCGGUUUGAUAUCGGUGCAGUGGGCGAUGACAAGGAGGCAUUCAUCAGAGACUUUAACUACUCGCUGAACAGGGAUGACGAGUACCGUGCCAAGAUCAUUGUUAACAACCUUUUCGAAGUCCCCUACUUGGAGAGUAGGGGCGUUCAUGUGCCCGAAUACCACCCACUGAUAAGACCAUUCGGCUACAAUUCGGUCGAUGCCAAGGAGCUGGAAGAGGAUGACGACGAUUUUUCAUGUUUGAUCAUCUCAAGGGUGACUCAGGAUGAGUACCUGAUGAGUGAGCUGGUGGCAAAACAUACCAGCCACCAUUGUAAAGUUCUUCCAACCCAUUACGGCGGUCCUAAAACCUUGAGCAAAUACCAGUCGGUCGUCGUACAUCUGCCAUACCAAGUAUCUGUGAUGAAGAUGUGGGAAAACUUGGCCUAUGGUGUGCUGAUGAUCAUCCCGUCGCCAGACUUUUUUACUCAGAUUUGUAGCGAGAACAGAUGUGCGGAAGUACGUGAUGCCAUGCAACCUAAGGAGGUCUUUGGCGAAGCUACAUGGUCUAAUUACCUGGAUUUCUAUCUUCCAGAUUGGGAAAAAUGUUUUAUCCAAUACAGCAGCUGGGAACAACUCGAUGACAUCCUCACCAGAAAGGAUUAUCUCAAGGACAUCAAUCACUGCAGGAACAAGAUGGAGGACUUGAGGGAAUUAGGUCUUCAAUCUUGGAAAGAGUUCUUGGUCAAGCUUCAAAACUAG